AUGCCACAGGUGAAUAAAAAAUAUAGUUCAAGUUACAAAGCAACAAUCGGUGCGGAUUAUCUGACAAAAGACGUCUUGGUGGAUGACCGACUGGUAACCCUGCAGCUUUGGGACACCGCAGGACAAGAACGAUUUCAGUCAUUAGGCGUAGCCUUUUACCGGGGAGCCGAUUGUUGCGUGCUGGUAUACGACGUUAAUAAUUCCAAGAGCUUCGAGACGCUGGAUAGCUGGCGGGAUGAAUUCCUCGUCCAAGCGAGCCCGAGGGACCCUGAGAGUUUUCCAUUUGUUGUGCUGGGGAACAAGAUCGAUGUAGAAGAGAGCAAAAGAAUGAUAUCACCAAAACGGGCCGCGACGUAUUGCCAGUCCAAGGGGAAUAUUCCCUACUUUGAGACUAGUGCCAAGGAGGCGAUUAAUGUCGAGCAGGCAUUUGAAGAAAUCGCGAAGAGUGCUCUUGUACAAGAGGAGUCGGAGGAGUAUAGCGGAGAUUUUGCUGAUCCCAUUAACAUCCACCUCGAUAACGACCGUGACGGCUGUGCUUGUUAA